ACCAGAACCCCGACGCCCCUGCGGCCGCCGAGCCCGCGGCAGUGGAAAAGCGGAGUCCGAGCGCCUCCAGCCUCAGCCCGACCCUGGACUGCUCCCCCCAGCCCCCGCGCCCAGAGAGCGGGAGCCCGGCAGCGGGUGACGAGGUCGCCGGGACUGGGAGCCGGUGCGGGGGAGGCGGGCCCCGCGGGGCGUGACGCACCGAGCUGGGAGGGCCCGGGCGGGGCAGCCGAGCAGGCUGCAUAUAAGGGCGGCGGCCGGGCGCCAAAGCCAGAGCAAGCCGCCUGUGCCCAGAUCGUGGGAAAACCCCAGCCGAGCCCAGCCUAGCCCGAGCCCAGCCCGAGCGAAGCCGGAGCCCCAAGCCCGAGCCGCGCCCAGCCCGAGCAGAGCCCUCCAGCCGCUCACCCCGCGUGCCACCCCAGCGCCCCUCAGCCGCUCUCUGCCCUUCUCUCGGCCCCGCGCCCGCCCUCGCGGCCCCUCUGCCCAAUGAAACUGGCCGCGAUGAUCAAGAAGAUGUGCCCGACCGACUCGGAGCUGAGUAUCCCGGCCAAGAACUGCUAUCGCAUGGUCAUCCUCGGCUCGUCCAAGGUGGGCAAGACGGCCAUCGUGUCGCGCUUCCUCACCGGCCGCUUCGAGGACGCCUACACGCCUACCAUCGAGGACUUCCACCGCAAGUUCUACUCCAUCCGCGGCGAGGUCUACCAGCUCGACAUCCUCGACACGUCCGGCAACCACCCGUUCCCCGCCAUGCGGCGCCUCUCCAUCCUCACAGGAGACGUUUUCAUCCUGGUGUUCAGUCUGGACAACCGCGACUCCUUCGAGGAGGUGCAGCGGCUCAGGCAGCAGAUCCUCGACACCAAGUCUUGCCUCAAGAACAAAACCAAGGAGAACGUGGACGUGCCCCUGGUCAUCUGCGGCAACAAGGGUGACCGGGACUUCUACCGCGAGGUGGACCAGCGCGAGAUCGAGCAGCUGGUGGGCGACGACCCCCAGCGCUGCGCCUACUUCGAGAUCUCGGCCAAGAAGAACAGCAGCCUGGACCAGAUGUUCCGCGCGCUCUUCGCCAUGGCCAAGCUGCCCAGCGAGAUGAGCCCAGACCUGCACCGCAAGGUCUCGGUGCAGUACUGCGACGUGCUGCACAAGAAGGCGCUGCGGAACAAGAAGCUGCUGCGGGCCGGCAGCGGCGGCGGCGGCGGCGGCGACCCGGGCGACGCCUUUGGCAUCGUGGCACCCUUCGCGCGCCGGCCCAGCGUACACAGCGACCUCAUGUACAUCCGCGAGAAGGCCAGCGCCGGCAGCCAGGCCAAGGACAAGGAGCGCUGCGUCAUCAGCUAGGAGCCCCGCCGCGCUGGCGACACAACCUAAGGAGGACCUUUUUGUUUAAAAGUCAAAUCCAACGGCCCGGUGCGCCCCGGGCCGCGAGCGCGCGGACUGGCGUCUCCCCUCCCGGCGAUCCGCCCCCAGCACUGGGGAGGCGCCACUGAACCGAGAAGGGACGGUCAUCUGCUCUGGAAGGAAAGAGAACGGGCCAAGACUGGGACUAUUCCCCACCCCCGGUCCCCCAUUGAGGCCCGCCACCCCCAUAACUUUGGGAGCGAGGGCCCAGCCGAGGGUGGAUUUAUCUUCUCAAAGACCCAAGAGUGAGCGCGGGGUGGGGGAGGGAUGUGAAGUUAUCCAGCCUCUGCUAGGCUUCAAGAAACCGUCCUGCCCGCUUGAGGGUCAGGACCCACGGGGCAUUAUCUUGUCUGUGAUUCCCGGUUGCCGUGACGGCCGGUAGAGCCUCUGCCCUCCCGAAACUAAGCGGGGGGGCGUGGGUCAAAUCAUAGCCAAGUGACUUGUUUACAUGUGAGUGAAACUGCACAAAGGAACACAAAACAAAACUUGCACUUUAACGGUAGUUCCGGUGUCAACAUGGACACGAACAAAACCUUACCCAGGUGUUUAUACUGUGUGUGUGUGAGGUCUUUAAAGUUAUUGCUUUAUUUGGUUUUUUAAUAUACAAUAAAAUAAUUUAAAAUGGAAAA